AAGGGAUGACUAAGUGCAGAUCAUGAAAAAAGGAAACUUGAUCCCACCCCACAGGAGAGAACCACAUGCAUCGAAGAGGAAUAUUAUGGAAAUAUACCACAGGAGGAUUGAAUUUUUUGGACUUUUGGAAGGAAGCUCCCUUGAAGGAGGCGUUAGGUGUUUUUGAUUUUUCCCAUUUCCCAGUCUGGGAAAUCAGAAACGUAAAUGGAAAGAGCCCUAGAAGCCACCCCAUCUUUGCUCCUGGAUCCUUCCUUCCAAUAUAUGGGGUUUCUGCUCUGUGGGUAGGUAAGGAAAUAUUAGCCCCGGCCCCCACAAUUUUCCCGGUUUCAAGCCACGCAAUAACUGCAUAGCCAUAUUUCUAGUUUCCUUCUUUUUUUUUCUUUUUUUUUUUUAAUAUAUACAGUGCCACAAU